AUGUCAGGAAUCGAAAUCAUUAGCGUCGUAGCUGCCGCUGAGCAAUUUGCCGAAGUCGUCUUCAAGACGAUCAAACUGGUCAAAUCUGUCGCAGACCAAAUUCAAGAUGGUCCGGGCCAUAUACAGCAAAAUAUUAAACGUCUCCAAAGCCUCGCAUCGCUUGCUAAAGAAAUACAAAAUACAAAGUCUUUGCAAACAGAAGACAUUGGUAAAAUAUUGACUCGGUGCGAAUGUCAUGUGCAAUCGCUACAAGAUCUCCUGCAAAAGAUCUCAUUUAACUGCCAUGAUUCGGUUCAAAAGAAGACAUGGCGAGCUAUCGCUGGCUUGAAACAAGAAGUAAAUGUUUCAAAGCUCUUCGACAACCUGGAUCAUGAGUAUAACUCACUCAACACCCAUAUUAAUCUUCGCAUUCUAGCAAUGGCUGAAAAUAUACAAACCGGAUAUGAUUCCAUUGAUACCAAACUCAACACAAUUGCACAAGCAGCUAAUCCAAGCCCCGAUUCUCUAAAAUGUCUGCAGGCUCUGUUCAUCACGGACCCUGCAACUGAUCGUGCCAAACUUAUUAACUCCAAGGGAGAGCUUGUACAAGGCACUUGCGACUGGAUUGCUCAGAAGAAAGAGUUCAUCAAAUGGAGGGCUUCUGACGGUGGGCUGCUCUGGAUAUCAGGUGGCCCUGGCCUUGGAAAAACCAUGUUAUCGAUUUACCUUAUAACGUAUCUCUCGAGUUGUUUUCUCUCUAUCGACGAUGGGAAAACCCACUAUUCAACUUACUUUUUCUGUGAUGCCAACGACAAUACGCGCAACAGCGCUGUUGCUAUCAUUAGGGGAAUACUCUUCCAACUUCUGGAGCAGAAAAAGGAACUUAUCGGACAUAUACUCUCCAGCUAUGAAGUACAAAGGGAGCAGCUAUUUUCUCAGAAUUCAUUUGAAACGGUUUGGAAAUUCUUUCUCACAAUGGUGAAUGACCUCGGAGACUCGCAGGCGACAUGUAUCAUUGACGGUCUGGAUGAGUGUGAGCCAACCUCACUGGAGCUCCUGCUUUAA